AUGGUUAGACAUCGAAAGGGGUCCCAAAGCGAGGGAGAAUCAGAUAAAGAAAAAGGUGGAGGCGACACCUGUGAUGAAGAACUUGAAGAUUACGAGAGCACGGAUGAUAAAAAUGUGGAGAGGGGAGAAAGAACAACAGAUGAAGAAGGCAAGAGAGGUAACGAAGAAUCAGACAAAGAGAACAUGGAAAAGAAGAUAGAAAAUAAGAGAAAUACAGAAAAGAAAAAGAGAGGGAGGCCGUUUGGCAGCAAGAACAAAAACAACAAAAAAAACCGGGAAAAAGAAAUUGCGGAGAAAAAUAAAAAGAAGAAAAACCUAGAUGACUACGUCAUAAAAACAGGGGAGCAAAAAAGCAUAAAUAACCAAGACGAAAUGGAAGGUUUCAUGACAAAAAACAGAAUUGAGAGAUCGCCAACCAGAGUAACAAAUACAAUGGACGUCACAGAGAUCGAGGAGAACAAGGAGCAGAGCAGCGGGAACCAGGAGACAAAUAUCAGCGGGACACAAGAAAUAGUAGAUAGCGUGAAUCAGGAUAUAAAUAGUAGCGCGAACCUGGAAAUAAAUGAAAGCGGGACUCAGGAAAUAGUUAGCAAGCAAAACAUAAGCGGAGACAAAUUAAGAGAGGCAGAAAAGACAGCACAAAGCGCAGCACAGCAGUGGGUAAUGAAUAAGAUAAACCCUAAACAGAAUGGAGUAGAAACGAGAGAGGGGGAAUGCGCAUGUAAAUGCUGCAAUACAAAUAAAAUAAGGCUCGGGGAGUUAGAGAGCAAACUGAUAAACCAGCUAGAGAAGAUGAAAAGGGAAAUGAUGAUAGAAAUAGGAGGGAUGAAAGCGAAGAGCAGCAAGGGAAAUAAAAGUGAAGAAACGAGCGACGGCCUGGAAUUGAUAAGCGAGGACGAGCUGCGAAUAAGUGAAGCCGACGCAGAAUACGAUGGUGAAGACGAUGAAGGCAGGAAUAAAAAAAAGAAGAAGAGGACAGGUAAGAAGAAAAAAGGGCACGCACAAAAGGAGAAAGAGGCCCAAAACAUGAACGCAAGCGAUGAGGACGUAAUAAGUCAAACGAGUGCAAUCAAUACAGAGAAAAAAGAAAGAAAAAGAGAACGAAGAGCUGAUCCGAGGAAAAAAAGUGAAGCAGAAAUUGAGAAAUUCAUAAAAGAGACAAGGAGGAUGCACGAUCAGCAGGCAGGGAAGACGAGAGAAUGGAGGAGAGAGGAAGAAGAUAAAAUAAGAAAAGAAAAACCAAAGAAAUUGAAUGAGGAAGAGCGAAAAAAAGAAUGGGAAGAAAGGAAGAAAAUAAGACUAAAUAUACAUAUAAGCUAUGAAAAAGAUAAAUAUAAUAGAGUAGAGGAUGUGAUAAAGACAAUAGAAAGAAGACUGAAGUUCCGAUUAGAGACAAAAAAAAUAAUAACACAAAAAGGAAGACAAAUGAUAAUAGAAAAUGCGACGCGCGAGGAAAAAGAAAACAUGCUAGAAAGGAAAAAAAUUAUGAAAGGGUCAGGGAUAUGGAUAAGCGAAGAAAAAACAAGAAGAGAACUUGAAGUGGAAAGAUGGCUAAGAAAAAAAGCAAAAUGGGAGCAGUGCAAUGGUGGAGAAACAGAAAUAGAGGGAAAAAAGAUAAAGAUAAGAGAAAUAUGGUGGCGCUGGGAUGAGAAGGUAGGGGAGUUGGUAAGAUGA